AUGCGAAUCCUCACGGUGACAGGCUUACUGCCCCGCGCUGAGAACAUAAAGAGCAGUGCUACACCCUUUUUUCACUUGUGCGUUUCAGGUGAACGACAGCCACUGACCGACAAGAAGAAAACCGACCCGGGAACUUUGGGCAAAAGCCUCGAUCCUUUGUAUCAAUCCGUGCUCAAGAGUUCCAUUCGAGGUCACCCUACCCAUAUCCGUAGCUGGACCGCGGCUUAUCUGUGGUUAUACCGAUUACUCACCAGUCAUAUAUUCCAUCCUCUGUCGUAUCACCGCCGUCGCGACUGUUUGGAACGCUUUUUCGCCUGGAGGUCCCGUGAAAUGGCAGAUAUAGACACAGGUGCCUACGAUCAAUUAGAUUUUGAGGAUGAUGAUGAUGCCUUGGCUCAUCAUACAAAGGAUGCCCAGGAAACUCAAGCCGUCCCACGCAAACGUGUGGUGACUGGAUCAAAGGAAAAAUGGGAUUCACUCAAAGACGUGCGUACUUCUGACUUUGAAGAAAGUAUGGAAGAUGAUGGAGAGCUGAGAAGUGGGGAUGAGAGUGAUUUAAACGCCAGUCAUAGCUCGGAAGAGGGCGAGGUCCUUUCGGAAUUUGAAGAGAUGGAAGUUACGGUCGAACAAUCUCCACCGAAAGAAGAAACUCCUUGGGAACGUGGGGUACGGCUGGCGCGUGAGCGUCUUCAAAAGGUGAAGAUAUUAAAGGCUACUGAAAAAGAUCUUGCCGAAAAACGUAUGACUUUGGAAGUCCCCACCUCCGCUGUGAAUGAGGAAUCGGAUCAGGCUUCGAAGGAGGAAAUACUCUGGCCUUGCUAUUAUCAGGUCGCGAUCGUGGGGCGCACGGAGCUUACCGGUCUUCGUUUCCUGCCGGAAGACCUCCAGCCGCCAACAGCCACCGAAAUAGCUGAAUGGCGUUUGGGCCUAUCUGAUACUCGUCGGGGUCGUCAGCGUCACCGACGUAGAUCACAUACUGGCUCUUCUUCGGCAUCGAGUUCGUCAGGAACGUCUUCGCGGUCCUCGUCAACCGACUCCAUGUCGGUUGCCUCCUCUCUAGCUUCAGUUGCUGCUUCUUGGAAGGCCACAUGUGCCCAAGCAAUGAAAGACUACUUGAGUUCUCCUAUCCGCAACAAGGACCGCCGUGCAGGAAGAGGUCACGGUGCUCGACAUAGCCGCAGCUUAUCAUCCGAAUCGAACAGUCAAUCUUCGGAUUCCCGUUCCGCUUCCGAUCGAUCAGAAGGUCGUGCGGGUCGUCGUGGUUACCGGGCUACUCAUGGUGCUGCAGUUGGAUCAGAGCUAUCAGGGAGAGACAAUAGACGAUAUUGGACGGAGGCUAAACAUGCGUCUAGACCGUCACUUUCUGGUUCAGAACGCUCUUCAAAGUCUCGUUCUGGUUCUAACUCGUCCGGUGCUCCAAAACAAAAUCGUCAUCCGCGAGCUUGGAACUAUGGUAACCACCGUGCACAGGGAGACGAAGAUUGGCAGGGAUCACCUAAUCACUCCGAUUCACCGUCUUCUCCAGUUCGAUGUCGAUCUGAUGUACCGCCGCUUCCUCAUGAAAGACCAGUGAAGCGCCCGUGGGUUGCCGCACCAAGUCUGGCGACCGGAUUGGUGUCAACUAGAACGGGGAAAGCCACCCGACGUCGCUCGGGCGAUCAAACAGGAUCAAGUUCCCGAUCUGGUUCACGGUCGUCACAAGCGGGUGAGGAAAGACAGUUCAUCACUUCAUGGUCCAGAAGUCCCUCCUCUGGAACGGAGGGAAGACUGGCUAGGGAAGCUGUUCGUCGAGAGCGCUUGCCAGAUGUUGUACCUGGAAGUCAUGUUACCCGUUUACGUCGUGCAGGUUCCCCGAGUGUCAGGCGGAGAAAGAGUCGAAGUCCGUUUGCCGAAGAUAAAGCUGGAGCUGCUCAAGGGGAUCCGGAGCGUCAUGUUCCAGAAAGCGCAGCUUCCUACAAUGAAUUACCAGUUCCUCGUCGUGCACCACAGAUCCAACAAUAUGAGGAAAACGUAGCUUACGCUGUUCAACAUGCUGCCUCUACACAACAUCAAAGACAAGAAGUUGAACACGAUAACAUGAUCGAGACAAACAACCAACCACCACCUACUGUAGGCGAAUUACCUUCGGCUUCAAGUCGCCCCGGUGUUAAAAUUACACUGGCCCCACGACUCAAGUCGUCUGCCGUUGACAUGACCAAUUUAGCAGGUGGCGUCACUCGCCCCUCAGGAAGUCGGACAAACCAGCCAUCACCUCCGCCGCGCUUACCCCGUUUGCCAUUCCCUAUACCGAUCUCUAAUCGGGGGAACUCUCCGAACUCCGCGGGCCCCACCGAAACUCCAACUGUAAUUGAUCAGGAGGAGAUAAGAAGGCAAGCAGAAGCUGCUGCGGCGAUUGUAGAGGCACGCGAACGUCGCCGCGCUGCUGCUGAGGCCGCUCGUCGCCGUCGAAACCCAAAAAAGAAACGCGACGAUCUGUCAAAAAUACCCAUUCGUGGACGACCUACUUAUAGACGGAGGUCUUUUACGGACUCAUCAUUAGAGUCUGGCAGUUCUAGGUCUUCCAGAUCAACUUCACGCUCGACGUCGACACCUAGGUCGGUAUCCCCCGCAUCAUCUCGCGCGGUUGAACAGCAGAUUAUCCAACAGAACACUGAAUUCCCUUCUCAGCGACACCGUGGGUCUCGCAAGAAGCACAGAGCCGAAGUUCCUCCAGUGCCGGGCAUCUAUGGUGAGUCUGAAGAAAUGGUGGUGCACCGUGUUCGUCAUGCACCGCGUGGAAUGCCAGGUGAAUUUAAGCCCCCACGUGAUGCGAUCUCCGAGCGCCAUCAACAUCGCUCCAAGGCGAACCACGGGGGAGCUCAGCGCCAUCGCGGUGAGCGCAUCGUGGAAUCCGAAUUGCCCUACAAGUCAAACGCCGGUGUUCAGAUGAAAGGCCUAUACAUGGACUACGAUUUGGGCAAUAAUUUAGCAUAUCCACAUGGGGUAACUCGUAAUCGGGUUUCGAAAUCAGGUAUGAUGAAUGUUGCGCGCCAGAGAGACGCAAAUGAUGAAUUCAUCCAAACUUAUCAAGACACAUCACGUGGAAUGGUCCGACGUUCCGGUGCAACCCUUCCUCAACCAAUGGAGCGUAUUACGAGGCCUCGAACACCUCAUGCAGAUAUGGGAUCUGAGGAUUUCACUAUACGUCCUACACACACCACUGGUUUAUUGCGAUUGGGCAAACACGAGAGGAAGCGCAACGAGGAGCGUGAGUUUGACGAUGCACCGGUUCGCAAACGCGCAAUGAUUGCUGAGCCGGUGGUCGAGCCCGUGAUCAACCCCGAACUUCGUCGAGCACGCAGCCGUCACCGCAGCCGUGGACCAGGUGGCCAAAUUGAUCGUUCCGAACCAUUUGAAUCGGAUGCUGGAAGUUUUGCAGCGGAACAACGUCUCAGAGAGCUUCGUGAACGACUCAAUUUCGUCGAUGGGGCAAUUGCCGAACUACGGGCUGGAUCUAAUGCAGGUUUUUCAGACCUGAGGCGUUAAAAAUUAGAAUCCACUCUUUUUCGACUUAUAAGCUGUACAAUCGUUUUGGGCAGAUAAAUU